AUGAUAUCUUGCCUCGACGUCUUCAAGAUAAACUCUCAGUUGGCUAAAGCAUGUCCAGACUCUUCGGAUACUUUCGGGGGCAAAAGUGUGGUUUUGGCGGGAGAUUUUGCUCAACUUGCUCCCGCAGGUGUUUCGCCCUCGCUAUACAGCAACGCUGUUGGCGCGUGGUCUUCAUCGGCUUCAAUAACCUCCCAAAGGUGCGCUAUUGGGAAAGCGCUGUGGCACGAAUUCACCUGCGUCGUAAUCCUAAGGCAGAACAUGAGGCAACAGGGUAUGUCUGCAGAUGACAUCCGCUUUCGUGUUGUGCUCGAAAACAGCCGCUACAACAGUUGUACGCCAGCUGACAUCACCGUACUUCGCACUCGAAUGUGGUCUGCCACCGUUGAGAACGGAGGCCGUCUACCGGAGCGCUUCCGCAAAGUGUCAGUCAUAACUGCUCGUAACGCGCAUCGCGACGCGAUCAACUCUGUAGGUGUGUCGCAAUUUGCUGCCGAUACGGGUGCUAAUUUAUACCACUUCCACUCGUUGGAUAAAUGGGGUCGCGCGAAGAACCUCAACUCCAUUCGCCGCGCUCAGCGUGAAUAUCAGUCCGUUGUCGAUCCUAUGCGCCUCACGGACAACGUUGAUUCUCGUUUACAGCAAGUCAUUUGGGAUCUGAACCCCUCCAUGACCGAGCAUCAGGCAGGCGUCCUCUCCCUUUGCGAGAACAUGCCCGUCUUGCUGAAAUACAACGAAGCGACAGAACUUUGUGCGACCAACGGUGCGGAGGCUGUCGUUGACUCUUGGGAUUCGCAUCAUUUACCAAGUGGUCAGGAAGUGUUGGAUACUCUGUACGUCUGCCUCACCGCUCCACCUCGAAAUGUGCAACUCCCUGGCUUACCACUGAACGUCAUUCCACUAACCCGAUCGAAGAAAACCGUAAAAUGCAUUCUUCCCAUCAACGACACCGUACUGUCCAUCCAACGUGACCAGGUGAUGGUUCUGCCCAACUUCGCCAUGACUGACUACGCCAGCCAAGGAAGGACACGUCCUGACAAUGUUGUGCACUUUGAAUAUUGCAAAAAUCAUCAAGCGGUGUAUACCUGCCUUUCGCGCGGCUCUUCGUUGGAAGGGACACUUAUUAUAGGUCCCGUCGACGCCUCAAAGCUCACAGGGGGACCCUCAAAAGCUCUACGGCGUGAAUUUUGA